GAUUACAUCACACAAAGUUUGAUAAUUAUCUCCCCAAAAAAUUGAAAUUAUGGCUAAAGAGCUUUGCGAAGAUAAUUGCUAUGUAGCAUUAACUCAAGAGUAUCUCGAUGCUAAAGCUAUGAUGGACAAAGUCCGAAGCCCAAAAGCCGGAGCCAUCGUUCUUUUCGCAGGUACCACCAGAGACAACUUUGGAGGAAAGCCAGUGAAAGAACUUCAAUAUACGUCAUACGAGCCACGGGCCUUACAAACUAUGCUCAGUAUCUGUAAAGCAAUUGUUCAAAAACACUCAUUGACAUCCAUUGCCAUGAUUCAUCGAUUGGGAGUUGUGCCAAUCGGAGAGGAAAGCAUUUUGAUUACAGUAUCUUCACCUCAUCGCCAAGCAGCUUGGAGAGCAGGUGAAGAAGCCCUGGAGGAAUGCAAGGAAAAGGUGGAGGUAUGGAAGAAAGAAGAAUUUGGUGGCGAGGAGGGUGGCGUUUGGAGAGCAAAUCGUGAUGGUGCUGUUGGCGAGCGGGUGGAUGAGGAUAAAGAAAAGAAGAAGCCGGAAAUUGGACCUCAUGGUCCGAUAUUACGGCCCAAACGACCUGGGGAGCGUGGGCAUGGACCAGUGGUAAGAAACCACCAGCUUGGUUCAUGAGAAGGAUUAAUCAUAGUCACUGAUUUACUAUAUUGAUGAAUCUUGUGUAAAGCUGCGUGUACGUUUUAUGAAACUCUCGUUCUAUGAUAGUGGAAGUCUAGCAGAAGAAGAAUUCGAUACUAUAUUA